GCUUUCUGCUCUGAAUUUCGUUCCUUGCAAAAUGAAUAUUGCAUUAUUUCACAAAGGCUGGACCCUCCAGUAGGAUUUGUGAAGAUACGUGCACGUAAAUCAACAGCUUAUUUUUCUUGAAGACUUCUAUGCAGCUUACAAAGUUUUAAUCACAAUGAAUUCUGGCUUAUGGAGUCAAGAAAAAGGCAGUUCAUCCUAUUGGGAAGAGCGGAUCUUUUACUUGCUUCUCCAGGAAUGCAGUGUCUUGGACAAGCAGACGCAGAAGCUCUUGAAAGUACCCAAAGGUAGCAUUGGGCAGUUUUUUCAAGACCGUUCUUCUGUGGGACACUCCAGAAAUAUUCCUUGUAAAGGCAAGAAACUGCAGAUUGGAUUAAAGAUUCUGGAACAACCUCAUGCAGUCCUGUUUGUGGACGAGAAAGAUAUUAUAGAAAUAAAUGAAAAACUAGCUGAGUUGCUUUUGGCUAUUACUAACUGUGAGGAAAGAUACAGUCUGUUUAAAAGCAAAAGCAGGUUAACUAAAGGCAUCCAAAUAGAUAUUGGCUCACCUGUUAGAGUACAGCUGAGAUCGGGAGAUGAGAAAUUCCCUGGAGUUGUUCGUUUCAGAGGACCCUUGAUGCAAGAAAGGUCCCUAACGGGGAUAUACUUUGGAGUAGAAUUACUGGAAGAAGGUCGUGGUCAGGGUUUUACUGAUGGACAAUACCAAGGCAAGCAACUUUUCAGAUGCGAUGAGGAUUGUGGGGUUUUUGUUGCUUUGGACAAACUGGAGCUGGUGGAAGAUGAUGACAAUGAACUGGAAAGUGACUAUGCAGCUCCUGUUGAAGCAAUGCAGGUAGAACUUCCUCCUCUGGAGAUCAACUCCAGGGUUUCUCUGAAGAUAGGAGAGAGUAUAGAGUAUGGGACAGUUAUAUUCUGUGAUGUCUUACCAGGAAACGAGAGUUUAGGAUACGUUGUUGGAGUGGACAUGGAUAAUCCUAUUGGAAACUGGGAUGGAAGAUAUAAUGGAAUACAGCUCUGCAGUUUUGCAAGUGUUGAAAGUACACUUCUUUUGCAUAUCAAUGAUGUUAUUCCAGAGACUGUGUCACAGGACAGGAGACCUCCAAAGCUUGCUUAUACCUCCAGAGGUGGUGGUGACAAAAGCUUGUUCAAUCAUAGUAAGCCAAAGUCUACUGGAUCUACCUCUGAAACUGGAAAAAGAAACAGAUCUGAAGCCUUCUACACAUUAAAUGGCUCAUCGGUUGACUCUCAGCCUCAAACAAAAGCAAAACCCCCAUGGUAUAUUGAUGAAGCUGCUGAAGACCCAGCAAAAUCACUUAGUGAUUCAUCUCCUGGAUUUGGGCAUUCUUCACCACCACUGCAGCCACCUUUAACGAACUCUGUGUCUACAGAAAACAGAUUUCACUCCCUCCCUUUCAGCUUGACAAAAACAUCAAGUACUAAUGGUACUGGUACUACUAUUGGACAUAGUCCUCUCUCUUUAUCUGUUCAGUCUGUCAUUGGUGAUGUAAAUACUACAGCAAACCAGGAGAGUCCAUCAUCAACAGGCCCAGCUGGGAACUCGCAUGGUCUUGAAGCAGGUUCCUUGGCUGAAGUUAAAGAAAAUCCUCCUUUCUAUGGAGUAAUCCGAUGGAUUGGCCAGCCCCCUGGAGUAAAUGAAGUAUUAGCUGGACUGGAACUGGAAGAUGAAUGUGCCGGUUGUACGGAUGGCACAUUUAAGGGAACUCGAUACUUCACGUGUGCUCCGAAGAAAGCUCUUUUUGUUAAACUCAAAAGCUGCAGGCCAGAUUCCAGGUUUGCCUCACUACAGCCAGUUUCCAACCAGAUUGAACGCUGCAACUCUCUAGCCUUUGGAGGUUACUUAAGUGAAGUGGUAGAAGAAAACACUCCUCCAAAAAUGGAAAAAGAAGGUUUAGAGACAAUGAUUGGAAAGAAGAAAGGUAUCCAGGGUCAUUACAACUCCUGUUACUUAGACUCCACCUUAUUCUGCCUGUUUUCUUUUAGCUCUGUUUUGGACACUGUGUUACUCAGACCUAAAGAAAAGAAUGAUGUAGAAUAUUAUAGUGAGACCCAAGAGCUGUUGAGGACAGAGAUAGUGAAUCCUCUGAGAAUAUACGGAUAUGUAUGUGCUACAAAAAUAAUGAAACUGAGGAAAAUACUUGAAAAAGUUGAAGCUGCAUCAGGAUUCACUUCAGAGGAAAAAGAUCCAGAAGAAUUUUUGAAUAUUUUAUUUCACCAUAUUUUAAGAGUUGAGCCACUGUUGAAAAUAAGAUCAGCAGGUCAGAAAGUACAGGACUGUUACUUCUAUCAAAUUUUUAUGGACAAAAAUGAGAAAGUCGGAGUUCCAACAAUUCAGCAGUUACUAGAGUGGUCAUUCAUCAACAGCAACUUGAAGUUUGCAGAGGCACCCUCUUGCCUGAUCAUCCAGAUGCCUCGGUUUGGAAAAGACUUCAAAAUGUUCAACAAAAUUUUUCCAUCCUUGGAAUUAAAUAUAACAGACUUACUUGAAGACACUCCCAGGCAGUGCCGCAUAUGUGGAGGACUUGCUAUGUAUGAGUGCAGAGAAUGUUACGAAGAUACUGAUAUUUCUGCUGGGAAAAUCAAACAGUUCUGCAAAACGUGCAAUACCCAAGUUCAUCUUCAUCCCAAGAGACAGAGUCAUAAAUUCAAUCCAUUAUCACUACCUAAAGACCUGCCAGACUGGGACUGGCGACACGGCUGCAUCCCGUACCAGAAGAUGGAGUUGUUUGCUGUUCUCUGCAUAGAAACAAGCCACUAUGUAGCUUUUGUUAAAUAUGGGAGGGAUGAUUCCGCCUGGCUCUUCUUUGACAGCAUGGCAGAUCGGGAUGGAGGUCAGAAUGGCUUUAACAUUCCACAAGUUACCCCAUGUCCAGAAGUUGGUGAAUAUUUGAAGAUGUCUCUAGAAGAAUUACAUUCGUUAGAUUCCAGAAAAAUUCAAGGUUGUGCAAGAAGACUACUUUGUGAUGCGUACAUGUGCAUGUAUCAAAGUCCAACGAUGAGUUUAUACAAAUGAGCAACAGCCUCUGGAAUACUGAAGAAACAGUACGGAGUUAUUGACUGCUGCAUUUGCUGCACGUUUUGGUUAGUUUUAAUGCAACUCUGGCUGGCAAUGGAAGAAAUCGACUAUGAGAGCAAAAGGAGCCCUCUUCCAAAAUCUACAUGUGGAGUUCUGUAAUUGAAGUAUUUAAGCAUUUUGCACUCUGGGAAGUGUGCUUGUGUGUUUGUUUUUUAAACAAAGUCGUAAGUGAAGUUACUAAAAAUUAAAAGCUUUAAGUG